CUGAGUCGUGCAUUGAAUUAUCAAAGUACGAUCCUGAGUUACGAGAAAUGCGGGAUAACCUUCUCAAGGCCAUAGCAGCUAAACAGUUAGAUGAAAAGUAUCGUUCUUAUAAACUAGCUUCUAAUAUAGCAAAAACAAUCCUGACUAAUUUUGUAAGGCCACGAAAAUGUUAUGAGGAGUAUUUCGAAAGAUGUGAAAACCUCAUACACACUCAUUUGGAUCCGUAUGGAUAUGUUGAUGAGAAAUCGCCAAAGAAAGAACCAAUACAAAGCGAUGAAUAUGAGGCAGAUCUUGCCGAUGCUACAGAGUGUGUUAGUCUCGGUAAACAUGUGGCAGUAGUACAUCCAAGUAGGGCUACACAUGAGACACCACUGUUACAAAAUAAAGAGAUUCAAACCAACCAAGAAAUGUCCAAUCAACUGAAUGACGGUAGUGCCCGGAUGCGCAACCAAGCCACACGUGGUCGCACAACAUCUUACGAAGAGACAGGUGAACCUAAGAAGCACCACCCAUGCGAUCCUAAUAUAGCAGACUUGUUAGUGAAAAACAACGAUGUCGCUGAAAGCUUGGCUGGCCAGGAGGGUAUGAAACAGAGAAUUGUGCUCAGUAUCAACCAUCAUCGGUCCAUUGAUGCUGAGCAACAGAAUCAAAGUGACAUACGAGAGCAACAAUUAAUAGUGAACGCUGAUGUUAAAGGAAUAGAGUGCAUGGCGCAAGGACUUAGUGAGAAUGUAACAGGUCAGCCGCUACACCCAUCAGUCGAGUUAUCUAAAUCAAAAGUCAAUGAAAGGCAGAUUUUCCCCUCACCUGCUCACUCUGGAAACGCGGAUGAUUCUGAGAUACCCACACCUGCCGCUAAGGUUGGACCCACACUAAAUAGAUCUGAAAAACAAAGUAAUAGUCAUACAGCCAAACUACCGAUUCAUACGUCUACAACGCCUGCUAUGGCCAGUGGUUCCUUAAAGAGAAACCCUGCCAGUCCAAGCAACACCAAUGUAAAGCACCAUGAUUUCAUAAAAGGCUGCGAGGAUGAUAAUGGCGAAUAAAAAGCGUUCUUUCAAACAUCAAAUCCAUGCCAUGCCAGCAAGACGGUACGGACUACACAUACGUAUCCUUUUGUGUGUGUAACAACGACUAAGAAGUGUGCUACCAAAAAAAAAAUUAAAUUGAGAACAAUUUACCACUGAUUUUUAAAUUCCAACAUUCUUUGGUUGUCCCCAGUACUAUAGAGCUCUCGUGUACCAAUUUGAUUAUGAGCGAAAUGUUAACCAAGUAUUUAAUAUUUUCACGUUAUGUUUUCGUAAAAUUAUUGUUAGCUUUUUCCUCAAUUGCCAAGAGAAAAAAAAAUGUAUCUAAUGUAGAUGCCUACUAACAAUUCAGCCAUUGCUUCAUUCAAACACUGCCAUAACCUGAUAACGGCCACCGACCUAAAAUAAGUACCCUUAUGCCAAGG